AUGACAGAGAGAAGACUGUGCUGCAGUAGGAAGACGUGCAAACGGUAUGGAUCGUGCAAAUUUGGGUGGAAAAUAUGGAUAACAAAGAUUACCGCAGAAAUGAAGAAAUUCUUUCUGCAACAGGACGAAUGGGCAGUUCCACCUCAGCUCAUUUGGAGUAGUAUGCGUCGAUCUGAGAUCUUACAGCCCAAGCGAGGGUACCCUACGCUAGAACAAGUGACAAACUGCGCUAAAUAUUUGCGUCGUCUUCAGGGCACUAAGAAUUCAAUUCACGUCAUGCAAAUGGCCACGCGUAUGUGGGUAAAGGCACAGAUUCAGACUCGUUUGUUAUUGGCGUUUCGAGUCUUGCGCUGA